ACGCCUUCUCCUGCACCUCAACAAGGGCCCCUCCACACCACACACAUGGCCUGCUACGACCUCUGCCGCCCCUGCGGACCCACCCCGCUGGCCAACAGCUGCAACGAGCCCUGUGUCAGGCAGUGUGAGGACUCCCGGGUCGUCAUCCAGCCUUCCACCGUGCUGGUCACCCUGCCAGGACCCAUCCUCAGCUCCUUCCCCCAGAGCACCGCCGUCGGAUCCUCCUCAUCCGCUGCCGUGGGCAACGUCCUGGGUGCCCAGGGAGUGCCCGUCUCCUCUGGGGGCUUCGGCUUUGGAGGCCUGGGCUGCUACGGUGGUGGAAGACGCUGCAACAUCUGCUAA